AUGAUGGGAUUCGAAUUUGAAAUUGAAGAAGAAAUAGUGGUUAGAAAGAAAAUGAAUAUGAUUAGAAAAUUUAAAGAAUUAUAAGAAUUCUCCUAAUUUAUAGANUAUAAUUAAUAAAAUAAAGCAUACAAAGAAAAGAACAUUUAAAUUAUUUAAAUGAUUAAGAAUGCCUAGUAAAAUCUUUUAAAACAAAGAGAUGAAGUAAGAAAAGAAUAUGAAAAAGAAUAUAAAUAUAAGAAAAUUUUAAGAUAAAAAGAAAGAAGGGAAGGAUUGUAAAAUGCAUAAUAAGGAAUUAAAAAUAGACAAUUAAAAUCAUUGUUAAAUGCUUUAAAAGGAUCUACAAUUUAAAAAUCUAAUUAAGCUCAAUAAUAAGUUUAAAAUAUUGGAAGAAAAUACUUUUUACAGAGAAGUUAAUCUACUAUAAUAAGUAGAUAGAGUUCAUUUUAAUAAUCUAACCAUGAUUACAUAACUGAUAAAUAUAAUGGUGAAAGACUUAUUGGAAAAAUUUCUUAGAUAUCUGAUGUUUGUAGUUCUGAAACCUCCUAAGACUCAAAUUUAUAAAUAUGUAAUAAUUUUUAAUUAGUAAUAGAAUUUCCUAUUAAAUCAUAAAAAGUUACAUGA